UGUGUAAUCAUAUACGGAAGAUGAGCAUGCCCACACUUUGUGGCUGCUACUGAAGGUUGGAGCAUUGCGGUGUACCCAUCAAUGAAUAGCCAGAUGAGUAGCACUGUUAAGAUAGAGUACUUACAGGAUAUUGAGUUAACAGAGUCUGGUAGAAGCACCGUAUCCUCAGCAAGUGGGAGCCAAGUGCCAAGUUUUCAUGGUGUUUCAAUUGGGAAUUCUGAUCAUUAUGUUAGCAAUGGGGUUGUCGAGAAUGACUUGCAACAAAGGGAUACCAUUGAGAGAUUACCAACCUUUGAACGGAUUACUACUGCUUUACUGGAUGAAGUUGACGAUGGCAAAACAGGAAAUAAACAAGCAGAUGUUAAAGGUAAAAGAAUAGUUAAUGUUGCAAAGCUUGGAGCUCAAGACCGGCAUAUGUUGAUUGAGAAGCUCAUCAAGCAUAUUGAAAAUGAUAAUCUCCAAUUGCUGCAGAAGCUUAGAGAAAGACUUGACCAGGUUGGUGUAGAGUUUCCCACGGUGGAAGUGAGAUACAGAAGUCUCUGUGUUGAAGCAGAAUGUGAGGUGGUUCAUGGCAAGCCUCUCCCUACUCUUUGGAGCACUGCCAAGGGCAUGCUUUCUGGGAUUGCCAAUCUGUCUUGUUUGAGACAAAGAGCCAAGAUAAGCAUACUAAAAGAUGUCAGAGGCAUCAUUAAGCCAAGAACGAUGACUUUACUGCUUGGCCCUCCAGGGUGUGGCAAAACCACAUUGUUGUUGGCGCUCGCUGGGAAACUGAGCCAUUCCCUCGAACUUUCAGGGGAAUUAUCUUACAAUGGUUAUGGAUUGGGAGAGUUUGUUCCUCAGAAAACUUCAGCUUAUGUAAGCCAAUAUGAUCUGCACAUUCCAGAGAUGACAGUGAGGGAAACAAUUGAUUUUUCUGCAUGUUGUCAGGGCAUAGGAAGCCGAGCAGAAAUCUUGAUGGAAGUCAUUAGAAGGGAGAAGCAAGCAGGGAUACACCCAGACUCUGAUGUGGAUACUUACAUGAAGGGAAUAUCAGUCGAAGGACUAAAAAGUACCCUUCAAACAGACUAUAUUUUGAAGAUUCUAGGACUUGAUAUUUGUUCUGAUACAAUGAUUGGGGAUGCUAUGAGAAGAGGUAUCUCAGGUGGUCAGAAGAAAAGGCUGACUACAGGGGAAAUGAUUGUCGGUCCCACAAAAGCAUUAUUCAUGGAUGAAAUAUCAAAUGGCUUAGACAGUUCCACCACUUCCCAGAUUGUAUCUUGUCUGCAGCAGAUGGCACAUGUUACUCAUGAUACUGUAUUGAUUUCGCUUCUGCAGCCAGCACCAGAGACCUUUGAUCUCUUUGAUGACGUCAUUUUGAUGGCUGAAGGAAAGAUUGUUUAUCAUGGUCCACGUUCUAGUAUUUGCAAAUUUUUUGAGGACUGUGGAUUUAGGUGUCCUGAAAGAAAAGGUGUCGCUGAUUUUCUUCAGGAGGUCAUCUCUAGGAAAGAUCAAGCACAAUAUUGGUACUGCAAAGAGCAGCCUUACAGUUACGUUUCCAUUGACGAGUACGUUAAGAAAUUCAAAGAAAGUGAAUUUGGACAGAAGCUUGAUGAGGAGCUCUCAAAGCCAUUUGCUAAGUCUGAAAGCCACAAGACUGCUUUAUCCUUCGAAAAGUAUUCAUUACCAAAAUGGGAAUUGUUUAAAGUUUGCAGUACGAGGGAAUUUCUUUUAAUGAAAAGGAAUUAUUUUAUUUACGUAUUCAAAUCUGUGCUGCUAGUGUUCAUUGCUUCGGUUACAAUGACUGUUUUACUGCGCACAAGAAUGGCUGUUGAUCCAAUCCAUGCAAAUUAUUACAUGGGAGCUUUAUUCUAUGCCCUCAUAAUUAUACUAGUCGAUGGACUUCCAGAAUUGCUGAUGACUGUCUCAAGGCUUGCAGUUUUCAAUAAACAAAGAGAGUUAUGCUUUUACCCUGCUUGGGCUUAUGCGAUCCCUGCUGCUAUCCUUAAAGUUCCACUUUCAUUCUUAGAAGCCUUUGUUUGGACAACUCUUACUUACUAUGUCAUUGGUUACAGCCCUGAGGUUUCAAGGUUUUUCCGCCAGUUCCUUCUGUUCUUUUUGGUACACCUAACAUCUACAUCAAUGUAUCGUUUUAUUGCCUCAAUCUUCCAAACCGUAGUUGCCUCAACACUAGCUGGCAGUCUCAUUGUAUUGAUUGUUUUACUAUUUGGUGGAUUUUUAAUCCAAAAACCCUCUAUGCCUGCUUGGCUGGAAUGGGGAUUUUGGUUUUCUCCAUUGACAUAUGGGGAGAUCGGCCUGACUGUGAAUGAGUUUCUUGCCCCUAGAUGGGGAAAGGUUGUGUCUGCUAAUGCAACCAUAGGGCAACGGAUACUAGAAAGCCGUGGAUUAAACUUUCACAGUUACUUUUAUUGGAUAUCAGUUGGUGCCCUAAUUGGAUUUACUGUACUUUUCAACGUUGGUUUUACUUUGGCUUUAACCUUCUUGAAAUCUCCGGGUAAAACUCGUGCUAUUAUUUCUUACGAAAAGUACAAUCGACUGCAAGGAAAAAUAGAUGGUGGUGUUUGUGUUGGCAAAAACAAGACACCGACCAGUGCUUGUUCUAAAUCUAGUACAGGACCUAACAAAGGGAGGCUGGUUUUACCCUUUGAGCUCCUUACGUUUACAUUUAAAGAUGUUCAGUACUAUGUUGAUACCCCUUUGGAAAUGAGAAAGCGAGGUUUUUUGCCAAAGAGGCUCCAGCUUCUUUCUGACAUUACAGGUGCAUUCAGGCCCGGUAUUCUUACAGCACUGAUGGGUGCUAGUGGAGCUGGGAAAACGACUCUUAUGGAUGUUCUCUCCGGAAGGAAAACUCUUGGUACUAUUGAAGGAGAGAUAAGAAUCGCUGGGUACCUGAAGGUUCAGGAUACAUUUGCUAGGAUAUCAGGCUAUUGUGAGCAAACUGACAUACAUUCACCGCAAAUUACUGUAGAAGAAUCUUUGGUUUAUUCUGCUUGGUUGCGGCUUCCACCUGAGAUCCCUGCGGAAAAAAAAUUCGAGUUUGUAAAUGAAGUCCUUGAAACCAUUGAGCUCGAUGGGAUUAAGGAUGCUUUAGUAGGAAUCCCCGGAAUUAGUGGUUUAUCUACCGAGCAGCGUAAACGACUGACUAUAGCUGUAGAACUUGUUGCCAAUCCAUAUAUCAUAUUUAUGGAUGAACCAACUUCCGGAUUAGAUGCAAGAGCAGCAGCAGUUGUUAUGAGAGCAGUGAAGAACGUAGCUGAAACAGGAAGAACAGUCGUUUGCACCAUUCACCAGCCAAGCAUUGAUAUUUUUGAGGCAUUUGAAGAGCUGCUUCUAAUGAAACUUGGAGGACGCAUUAUCUAUUUUGGGCCAGUAGGUCAAUUCUCAAGCAAAGUGAUCGAAUAUUUUGAGAGUAUUCCUGGGGUGCCUAAGAUUGAAGACAAGUAUAAUCCAGCAACAUGGAUGUUAGAGGUUACUUCUAGAUCUGCAGAGGCUGAACUUGGUGUAGAUUUUGCACAAAUUUAUCGAGAGUCCACCUUGUACAAGGAGAACAAACAGCUAGUUGAGCAAUUGAGUUCACCAAUCUCCGGUUCAAAGGACUUGCAUUUUCCCAGCCGAUUUCCACAGAAUGGUUGGGAGCAGCUCAAAGCAUGCAUUUGGAAACAGAACCUGUCAUAUUGGAGAAGUCCUGCAUAUAAUCUCAUACGCAUUUUUUAUAUUUUUUCGGGAUCUGUUCUAUUUGGUCUACUGUUCUGGCAGCAAGGAAAACGAAUAGAAAACCAUCAAGACCUGUUUAAUAUACUUGGUUCCAUGUACUCUGCAAUAAUCUUCUUCGGUAUAAGCAAUUGCUCAGGAGUCCUGCCACGCAUUGCAGCAGAGCGGGCUGUCAUGUACAGGGAAAGAUUUGCAGGAAUGUACUCUUCAUGGGCCUAUUCAUUUGCACAGGUGCUAGUCGAGGUUCCGUACUUGCUCGCUCAAGCAAUUAUUUAUGUGACCAUAACACAUACAAUGAUCGGCUAUUCCUUGUCUCCCUAUAAGAUAUUCUGGUCUGUCUAUGGGAUGUUCUGUACAUUGCUUUCCUUCAACUACCUUGGAAUGCUGCUCAUAUCAGUGACACCAGACAUUCAACUGGCUUCAGCUUUAACCUCACCUUUUUACACAAUGCUGCAUCUAUUUUCCGGGUUCUUUGUCCCGAGAACUUAUAUUCCAAAGUGGUGGAUUUGGUUGUACUAUAUUAGUCCCACAUCCUGGCAACUGAAUGGUUUGUUCACUUCACAAUAUGGAGAUCUGGAGAAAGAAAUAACAGUAUUUGGCCAGACUAAAAGUGUUGCUGCUUUUUUACAAGAUUACUUCGGUUUUCACCGCAACUUCUUGAGUGUUGUUGCUGUCGUCCUUAUAAUCUUUCCCAUUAUCUUUGCUUCUCUUUUUGCUUAUUUCAUUGGAAGGCUGAACUUCCAGAAAAGGUGAAUUAUGAUGUACGGAUCUCUCUGUCGACGCAUCUUAAUCGCCUUCAUUCCAUUUUAUUUCUGUAUAUGGAGAUACAGCAUUUAUUUUAUGAGUGACAUGUAUCCUCUCCCUGGUUUUUCCUCCA